AUGGAUCCAGUGGUUAUGAUCGAGAGGUAUCGAUUGGCUGAAAAUGAAGGAUGCCGAUUUGAUUGGUUAUCCGGAAGUGGAAGGAAGGUCUAUGUGAGGUCCAGUGUAGACGAUUUGCAUGUUAAGGAGGAUGUCAGGGUUGAUGAUUUGAAGAACUUUGUUGGGAAGCUGUUGAAUCAGCUUUGA